AUGGCGAUCAGUCCUCUCGUCCUCAGUGUACAUCUUCUCAUCUUCAUCGUAGACGCCGUCUCCGUCUACUAUGAUCUGUUUCUAAUUGAUCUCGGUAAUACUGGAUUUGGUGGAAAAUUUAAAUUUCUGACUGUAUGGAACAUUUGCUUCCAGGCUGUGUAUUUUGGCCUUUGUGUUAUCAGUGAUCUCUAUGGUAAUGAGAAGACACCAUUAGAGCAUGCCAGAAGGUCUGUGUUGCUGAAGGUCCGAGAUUUUCUCCAUACAACAGUAGCAUUCCCGAUGGGGAUGUUUGUUGUUGUAACUUUCUGGAUUUUGUACGCUGUGGACAGAGAGCUGGUCUACCCCAAAAGCCUGGACUCUAUCAUACCAUCUUGGCUGAAUCAUGUUCUGCACACCACAGUAAUGCCAUUCCUUUUGGUGGAUAAACUUUUGGUUUAUCAUCAUCAUCCCAGGAAACAUGUUGGUAUCCUGGGGGCAGGUGGUGUAGCCUUGAUCUAUAUAUCUUGGAUCUUGUUCAUCGCCUAUUAUGACAAUUUCUGGGUUUACCCCAUCUUGCAAAUACUGCAGACCAGCGAAAGGGUGGUGUUUAUAUUUGUUUGCUUCAUGUUCUUUGCCUCAAUCUACAUCCUGGGAGAAUCCAUCACUGCAUUCUUGUGGCCCUUUAGUCAGCAGAGAAAGAGAGUGUUCAUGCAUGUGAAUAGAAAUGAGAAAAUGUGGUCUUUUGGAUUUUAA